UAUAACGACCAUGGAUGCACUUCCCUACUCUCCCUACUAGCUGAGUUCAAAUACUGCUCCCUAAGUCAGUUACUUCCAAAUGAAACCUACUGAAUCCAUUAAUAUUCUCAACCUGGUGAAUCCAUUAGUUUUUUCUCGUCUGAGACUGAUAAUAACGGUUGAGGCGCUGAUUCGAUGCCCGGGAUUCUGAUUUUAAAUUAACAGAAGACAAGAUACUAACUCUACGCAAAUUUAAAAAAUUCAUCUGUGAAAUCCAUGGCGAACAUCGAGGAAAUCAGAGUGGCCAAAUACAAGUAUUUACGGCUCCUCAACGAAGCCGCCUUGCGUUGUUACCAGAACUAUGGAACUGAAGCCAUACAAGGCUCUGAAUUUUUACGAGUUCUGGAAGACGCAGUUAAAUUCUUGAAAACUUUACCUCUAAAUGAAGAGUCAAGUGAUUUUGCUUAUGAAAUACUGAGGGAAACACAGUCGUUAACUAUUACCAACCCUAAAGGCCAGGUUUUGCUUGAUAUGGUAUCUUUGGAUUUACCGAGGGUGAUUUUGACUUACAUGGACAUAUCAGAAAAAUGUUGGGAAACAUGUGGGAAUGUAAUUACACACAUGUGCCAGUUUUGCAGUCCCAGUGAAAUCGUUUCAGUUCUCUGUGAGGAGUUAUCUAAAACCAAUGAAAAUUUGUCAUCUUCAAUUUAUCUUUUGCAUGGUUUCUCUAUAGUUAUUGGUCGAGUUCAGCGCCGUCCUUUUGAAAAUGUUAAGGUAGCAUUGCCCAUAAUUUUAGCUGUUGGGAAAAUUGCAGCUUCAAUAAUGUCAGAUGAUGACAGCAAAGAUGUUGCCGCGGAGAUAUUUAAGAAGCUAAUAAAUAUUGCUGUGUCUUUGCGAGAAGUUUGUAAGAAACAAGUGGUGGCUGAAAAGAAACAACAGCUUUGGUCCAUCCUCAGUCUUUAUACAUUGCAACUUAUGGCUUUGGUUUCUAAGGAAGAUAAUAUAACAGAUUUAUCCAGGGCGCCUACUUCCAUAAUGCAACUUUCAGAAAUAUUGUCAGACUGUGGGCUUUCGUAUUUAAGUCUCAUCACUGGAAAAGAAGUAGAGACUAUUUGUCAUUUGUUGGAUAAUGAUGAGCAUGACAAAAUUCUAGAAAAUACCUCCUUGAUCAACAUUGGGGCAAAUCUUGCUGUCCUUUGGGGCUAUGUGUUUGUGGAAAUUGCCACAGUUGCUCAUGAGAAUAUUAAGGAUCUUCUAAAGAAAAUUCAAAGUUGUCAAAAUGAAAGAAUAAGAGCAUUGAGCAAUAUGAAAUACUUGCUGUGUUCACUGGACUAUCCAUGGGGAGUCAAAAAGAUUAGCAUGGAUUUUUUGUCAGCAAUGCUUAGCAAGAAUUCUGAUUCUUCGAAAGGUUGUGAUGAGAAAAUUGACUGGUUUUCUACAACUCCAAGUUUAUUCUCGUUGUUGCAGGGUAUGCAGCAAAUCAUGGUAUAUGCACCCCAUCCAAUGCAACGGAAAGAAGCGUUUUCGGCAUUGACAAAAAUAUUAGGAGAACUUCCAGCUCAUGAGAAGUUUGACGUGCUAAGAGCUCUCACUGUAAACUCCAAUUAUCCAUCAAUGACUGCACUUUUGCUAGGCACUGUUAAAAAUGAAAUAGAUAAUGCUAUUAAAUUGAAUUCUUCAAAAUAUGAGCAUUCCCAUCUUGGAUCACCAUUUUUAACUGGAGAUGUCUUGGAGCUUGUGGAAUUUAUUUUGAAGCCUCUAAAAGGCGGACCACCUGACCUUCCUGGCCAGAGCGAUGCGAUUGUAGCCUGCGGUUGGAGUUCGCACUGUAGAUGUCACCUGCAGAUUGGGAGGCAUACCACAAAGAACACAAAUGGUUUUAGCAGCACUCAAUUUAUACAGGUUUCUGUUGAUCAUGGAGUCUACUGGGAAAACUAACUAUACUGGAGUUCUUUCCAAAUCUUGUCUGAAAAAGGCACAUUCAGAGUGGCUUCUUCCAUUGCGAGCGCUGGUCUCAGGAAUUGAAUCUGAAAAUGCCAAUGACUGCGAUGAUUUUGCAACCUCUACAUUAUGUGCAUUGAACCUAAUAGAGCUACCUCUUUAUCGUUGCCUUGAACUGGUUGAGGAAAAAUUAAAGCAUCCUGCAUGACAUGUAAUUUUGUGUAUAUCUUCAUCACCCUUUCACCGUGUGAAACACAGUUUCACUCGAGGACAAUGACCUAGGGAGCCAUCCGUGCAGGAAAUUCUCCAAAAAGCAUUAUUCAUUAAGCACAUACUAAUAAUUUAAUAGUUAUUCUGAAUAUGAGAACUAGCUUUUAAUGGUAUAUCUUAUUCUUUUGGAUUUCCAUUUGUGAAGGCAUCCAUUGCACCCCAUACCUACUUUUUGUAUUUAUAUGUACUUGAUUCUUUCUUUUUUCAUUCAUGGACAUUAAUAUAAUUUUGAUUUCAUAUGGUGCUCA